GGAGACGACGCCAACUGCGCCGCCGAGUUUUGAUGUCAUCUCGUUGAACUCCCGCAACCUAUCUAAUGCUAAAGCUUGCGCCGUCUCCUCCUCCUCCUCCUCCUCCUCCUGCUGUCCGCCACGACCUUCCUCAGAACUUCGACUUCUCUCUGCUCCUGAAUUGCAGGACCGCUCAAGAAACGAAGCAAGCCCACGCUUUGUCCCUCAAGACCGGGGCUUUCAAUCACCCCCCAACGGCUUCCAAGCUUCUGGCCCUCUAUGCGGAUCCGGCGAUCAACGACCUCCGAUACGCACGCUCCGUGUUCGACCAAAUUCCCCAACCGGCGUUGCCCUCCUGGAACGUCAUCAUCAAGUGCUGCGUCGAGAACCAACAUUCCCACCAGGCGUUAUGUCUGUUCCGCGAGCUGGUUUGGCACUUCACGCCUGACAGUUUCACGUUGCCGUGUGUGAUAAAGGGUUGUGCUCGGUUGAGUGCCAUUGAGGAGGGGAAGCAGACUCACGGUCUGGCUUUGAAAAUUGGGUUUGGUUCGGAUAAGUUUGUGGAGAGUAGCUUGGUUAGCAUGUACUCCAAGUGCGGUCGCAUUGGUUCUGCGAGGAAGGUCUUUGAUGACAUGGACAAUAAGGAUUUGGUCUGUUGGAAUGCUUUGAUUGAUGGGUAUGCAAGGUGUGGGGAGAUUGAGCUGGCGUUGGAGGUGUUUAAUGAAAUGCCAGAGCGGGAUUCUUUCUCGUGGACGGUUCUGGUCGAUGGCCUUUCGAAAUGUGGGAAGGUUGAGGCCGCGAGAGAAAUAUUCGAAAAAAUGCCAACUAGGAGUUUGGUCUCUUGGAAUGCCAUGAUUAACGGGUACAUGAAAUCGGGCGAUUUCAAUUGGGCUCGUAAUUUGUUUGAGGACAUGCAGGCGAGAGAUUUAAUUACGUGGAAUUCAAUGAUUGCAGGAUAUGACUUCAAUGGGCGGUUUAAGGAAGCUUUAGACAUGUUUAACUCCCUGAUAAAAGAAGGUUUCAUACCUAAUCAUGCUACUUUAGUUUGUGCUCUUUCUUCAGUUUCCGGAUUGGCAACUCUUAGUAUGGGAAGCUGCAUUCACUCUUAUAUGGUGAAGAAUGAACAUCCAUUAGAUGGUGUUCUUGGUACUUCGCUCAUAGAAAUGUAUUCCAAAUGUGGGAGCAUUGAGAGUGCUCUGGCUAUUUUUAACUCUAUAUCAAAGAAGAAGCUGGGCCAUUGGACUGCCAUCGUUGUAGGAUUGGGAAUGCAUGGCAUGGCAAGUCCCGCUCUUCAAAUAUUUUCUGAAAUGCGCAAAGCCAGAGUUAAGCCCAAUGCCAUAACCUUUGUUGGAGUAAUAAAUGCUUGUAAUCAUGCAGGUUUGGUUGAUCAUGGACGCCAUUAUUUUGAAAUGAUGGAGAAAGAAUAUGGAAUUAAACCAACAAUGGAACACUAUGGUUGCUUGGUGGAUCUAUUAUGCCGAGCUGGGCGUGUGAAAGAGGCAAAGUAUGUGAUCAACACCAUGCCCAUGAAACCCAACAAAGUAAUGUGGAUGAGCUUACUUAGCGGUUCCCGAAUCCAAGGAAACCAAAAGGUUGGUGAAUAUGCGGCACAACAUCUGAUCGACUUGGCUCCAGAGACCAUAGGAUGUUAUAUUGUUCUCUCGAACAUAUAUGCUGCUGCAGGUCGGUGGGACAAAGUUUCACAAGUUAGAGAAAUGCUGAAGAAGAAAGGAAUUAGGAAAGAGCCCGGUUGUAGUUCGAUUGAGCACAAAGGAACGCUUCAUGAGUUUAUCGUGGGUGAUAAGUCUCAUCCGCAGACGGAACAAAUUUACUCUAAGUUGACUGAAAUGAGAGAGAAAUUGAAAUUGGCAGGGCAUGUGCCCGAUACUUCCCAAGUUCUUCUCUGCAUUGAAAAGGAGGAAGAGAAGGAAACUGAAUUGGAGAACCACAGCGAAAGACUGGCCAUUGCUUUUGGCCUCAUAAAUGUACACCCCGGACGUCCAAUACGCAUCAUGAAGAACCUUCGUGUUUGUAACGAUUGUCAUUCUGUAACUAAGCUACUUUCCCGUAUCUACGAUCGGGAAAUCAUUGUGAGAGAUAAUAGCCGUUUCCAUCAUUUUAAAAGUGGAUCAUGUUCUUGCAAUGAUUUCUGGUGAUUAAACCAUUCCUGUGCUGUUGAUCACU